CCUGUCAAUAGUUGUCUUUUGGUAUUUGGGCUUGUGUAUAGUGAGUGUACGGCGGCGGGGUGGCUAAGGUUAGUCUCGAGGAGCUGGGCAGGGGAUCUGGAGCUUAACCCCGAGCAGCGAGAUGGACAUUCUGAAAUCAGAGAUUUCCCGGAAGCGGCAGCUGGUGGAAGAGAGGAACCUGUUGGUGGAAAAUAAAAAAUAUUUCCGACGUAGUGAACUUGUGAAAAAAGAGGAGGAGGCAUAUUUUGAAAGAUGUGGCUAUAAGCCUAUAAGUGAGAAGCCAUCUGGAGAGAUACAGCCAAAAGAGGAGGAUCAGAAGCCCCUAACUUCAUCAAAUCCAGUAUUAGAACUUGAACUGGCAGAGGAAAAAUUACCCAUGACUCUUUCUAGGCAAGAGGUUAUCAGAAGGUUAAGAGAAAGAGGUGAACCAAUUAGACUGUUUGGAGAAACUGAUUACGAUGCUUUUCAACGUUUAAGAAAAAUAGAGAUCCUCACACCAGAAGUGAACAAGGGCUUAAGGAAUGAUCUGAAAGCAGCUUUGGAUAAGAUUGAUCAACAGUACCUCAAUGAAAUUGUGGGUGGUCAGGAACCUGGAGAGGAAGACACACAAAAUGAUUUGAAAGUUCAUGAAGAAAACACCACAAUCGAAGAGUUAGAGGCACUGGGGGAGUCUUUAGGGAAAGGUGAUGAUCAUAAGGACAUGGACAUCAUCACCAAGUUCCUGAAGUUUCUUCUUGGCGUUUGGGCUAAAGAAUUGAACGCCAGAGAAGAUUACGUGAAACGCAGUGUGCAGGGUAAACUGAACAGUGCUACUCAGAAGCAGACUGAGUCCUAUCUCAGACCACUUUUCAGAAAGCUCCGGAAAAGGAAUCUUCCUGCUGACAUUAAAGAAUCAAUAACAGAUAUUAUUAAAUUCAUGUUGCAGAGAGAAUAUGUGAAGGCAAAUGAUGCUUAUCUUCAGAUGGCCAUUGGAAAUGCUCCCUGGCCUAUUGGUGUCACUAUGGUUGGUAUCCAUGCCAGAACUGGCAGGGAAAAGAUUUUUUCUAAGCACGUUGCACAUGUUUUAAAUGAUGAAACUCAGCGGAAAUAUAUUCAGCAACAUGCCUACAUGGAAAGAUGAAGUGAGGUGGAAGACAUAAGCAUUGUGACUCAGCAGUAGGCUACUGUUGACCUUCUGACAAUACUUCAGGGUGAUCUCAAGCCAUGAUGAUGCAGGUUGACUGUGGGCAGCUGAAACUGCGGAAAGCAACACUACAGAUGAGGGAGGACUUCUGUGUACUCAAUAGGACAUAGCCCAGUAGGAUGGAAGUUGACUUGAGAAACACUAGUAGUUAAGGCCUUCCCCUUCAUCUUCACUAAAUAAAGUGAAAAACUUUGUAUAUUAUGGAAGACAGGGUGAAGUGUUUAAUUGCCUUAUCACUGAAAUCUGAUUAUUGCAAUUAGCUUUUUAAGACAACUUGUAAAAGUUUAACUUGCUUAAGUUUUUUUUUUCAGUUGUUGAUGGACCUUUAUUUUUAUUCAUUUGUUUAUGUGCAGUGCUGAGAAUCGAACCCAGUGCCUCACACAUGAGGCAAGCACUCUACCACUGAGCCACAACCUCAACCCCUAACUUGCGUAAUAUGAAUUUAUCAGAGAAAUUUAGGAAUUUAGUAAAGAGCAACAAAUUUAGAGUAUUUUACAAUAAAUUCCGCUUUGUUACUUUCAAUGUGGAUUUAAUAUCUACCAGGUUGAAAUGGUCUGGAGAGUACAGACUUGCUUUAGUGCAUAGAAUCAUUUUUAUGUAGCAUCAUGAUGUUUCCCUAAUUGUGUGACAAGAUCUAAAGUGUUUCUAGUUAUUUUAAAGUUAUACGUGCCUCACAUAAACUUGUUUGCAUUGUUGUUGGGCCAAACUUUUCUCCUUGGGGGAAAAAAUCAACUAUAAUCUAGCUUUGCCAAAUUUUCAUAAAUCCCAGAUUGUGUCUGUAUAAUGACUUAUGUGGAUGGUAAUUCUAAAACUUGAAGAUGAUACUCUGGAAGUUUACUUAAAAUUUAAAGUUCACUUAAAAUGCAUAAAAUGCUUUCAGAUUUUGUGCCAGAGAGGUUAUUACCAUAUUCAUGAAUUAGCUUAUUGUUUGUAUUUCGGUUCCAAGUGUUGAAAUUUAAUUUGUGUGUCAUGCUUUAUGCCUUACACAUAUAUUAGCAUUUUAAAAUAUGAUUUCAGCCCAACUCUUGAAUAUGAAUUGUAGACUUUAUUAAAGUUCAAAUGUACUUGUGCAAGUUCAAGCACAUUUCCGUUUCUUAAUAACCACCAGUGACUGGAUUAAAGGCAAAAUAUUUUAGUUGAAAAAUAAGUUGUUUAGUUUUAACAGUAGAAUAGUUUUCAAGGAUUAAAUUUGCUAAUAAUGUUCAUCUGCACUGUGACCAGAGCUAUAGUGCAUAAAUGUUCAUGUAAGUAGAUAAAUUUUCUCAGGGACAGCAUUUCUUUUUGUAAGCAGUGGUAUAAUUUCCACCUUGCCCUACACUUACUUUCUUUUUUAAAGUAUUAAGAAUAUUUCUGGUUUAUUUUGGAGGCUGUGAAAUGACCUGUCCUCUCUCCAUUCUUUCUCUUUAAAUUAAUGUUCUUAGGUAUUUAUAUUGAAGAUACCUCCACUGAAUAAAAUAAAAACCUUAUAAUUUUCAUGUAUGAUGGAAGACAGGGUGA